AGUCUGCAGGGGCCGUUCAUUCCCCGUUGCCGGGCAAUCUGGCUGCUGAAACCACAACAGCGUCCGUGGGGAUGGAGUCCGUCUGUCCUGGGCUGUGCCGCAGCUCCCAGCGCUGCCGGCAGGGAGGGACCCGGCAGCUCCACCAUGUUCGCCACGCCAACUGCCAAGAGAUGGUGAACCUGCUCUGCUGUGUCCAGACCCUCACAGGCCACCUGAAGUGGAAGUGCCAGUGCAGGCCUGAAGACUGCAUUGAUCUGAUGGAUGAAAAGGGCACCCUGAUGAACCUGAGCAAGGUGGAGGAUCCUGCAUCUGAAUAUGCCAGCAAACACCUGCAGGGAAGGCAGCGCUACAUCCUGGUCAGAGCUGUCCGAGAAGAAAACUCUGAAGCCACCUGCUACGAAUCCUUGCUUGAGGACCUGGGGAAACACUACCCUGAGCUCCCAGAUCGGCUGCAGCAGCUCUCAGCAAAGACCCAGAGGACAGAGCAGAGGAAGAAGGGCUCCUUGCAGAGGGCUCAGCCUCACACCAGCACCCGAGCCAGGAACAGGAGCACCUCACAGAGCAAGAGGAGCCUGGAGCACAAGAGCACCCCUAAAUGAGGGACAGACCCAUCACUGGUCAGCACAGCCCCCACCAGGGCCCCAAGCCCUGCCCAGGAUCUUAUUCCAGCACAGCAGAGUCACCUGUACAGAGCCCCUCUCCCCCCAGAGAUUUGCACACCCCAAGCUGUGUCAACCUGGUUUUUUAAGAUUUUCUAAGCAUUCUGAUGUUGACAUUCUUGUAGCAAACUUUCUCAUAUUUUCUGUAAAUAACUCAUUGCUUUGCAUUCCUUUAUGGAGGAGGAGAGAGUUGGUAAGACUGUUGGUUUGUCCAGUGUGAUUGGAGAGGUGGCACUGUCACCCUCCAAUCCAGUCACUCUUGGAAAACUAUAAAUGUUAAGAGUCAGAAAAUAAACUUCCCUUUUCCUUCACCUUGAGAACAGCGGUGUGAGCUUGAGUUCUUUUGUGUCCUACAGUGACAAGGCUGCACCCUGACACUCCCAGCAUCACAGGCAGGCACAGGCUCCCCCCUCCUGCCCCUGGCAUGGCCUGCAGCCCCAGGUGAAGCCCCAAAACAGAUAGUCUUCAAGAAAUAAUGAGUUAAAACAUAGAAUGUGAGGCAUUUGAAGAAAGCAUAGCAUUUAGGAAGCACAUAGAGCAAUAAAUCGGCUACAGCAUGGAACACAAUGACAGGAAAGAGAGAUAGGGAUAGGGGAACUGAUGGGCUAAGCAUGUUCAGAGCCAACAAUGUCAAACUGACCCUAAGAACUUUGCCAAGCCAUGGGGACCAAGCUAAGUACACUGGGAAUUGGCCAAAUUAGGAAAGGGGUUCAAAGGUUCAAGGAAGAAGACUCAUCAGGAGACCCCAGCCCAUGAUGAAGGCAACCGGAACGACCACCAAGAUGAUCCUCAAAAGAGGUGUUCCUGCCCAUGCUCCGCCUACACCACUCCCCAUAUGAAUAUUAAUGCAAAGAUAUGAUUAUGUAUAUGAUCUGAUGUAAUCUUAUAUCCAAAACUGUGUAAAAGGCUUGCUUUUGUUACGGGAAACUCAGAAAUCCAUUUUGUGAUUUCUCCGACGUGU